ACAAACAAAGACGCACACAGACGCGCACACACAAACGCGAACUUGUCUAGAACUAUUCUCUCUAUACAUUUUGGGAACUUCCAUGUUACCAUCCAGCCUAUAGUUACGACCAGUUCGUCAAAGCAAGUGUCAUAGGAAGUGUUACGUUUCUACCUGACACUUUCGAUAACUUGCCGGGUCUUGUUGCAACAGGUGAAUAGUUUUAACGUCCUAUUUCUAGGUUUCAGCAGACGAUACAAUUCUGUUUCUGUUUGCAUAUUGGCAUCUUUCUAAUAUCAAAUACACAGCAAGCUUCCUAACAAAUUUGUGAAUCACCGCUAUGGCGUGCUCCACUUGUGCGAAAUGUAUUUUCAUGCUAUUGAACGUACUGUUUCUGGUCAUUGGUUUAGCAUUUCUAGUGGUCGGUGUGUUGCUGGCAUUUUUACCUGGAACUAUUUUGUCCUCCGUAUAUGACCAAGUGAAGGCAGCUGUUUCGAGUACAACCAGCUAUAACAUCCCGACAUCGGCUGACGACCUGAAAAACUUGCCACUUCUGUUUGAGAUUGGGCUCGCUCUCUUUAUUUUGGGGACUAUUUUGUUUGUGAUCAGUUUUCUGGGUUGCUGUGGAUCUUGUUGUAAAUGCUGCAGGUUUAUGUUGAUACUGUUUGCCAUCGUUAUGCUGUGCUUGAUGAUUGCGCAACUUGUCGUCGUCACUAUGUUCUAUGUAGCUGAUUCACCGCUUCACAAGACCAUAAGAUCUGUCCUGAAAGAUAAAAUAACCAACGAGUACGACGAACAGGGAGAAGACACCUUCAGUACAAGUUUGAAUCUGGUGCAACAUUACUUUGAAUGUUGCGGUAUUGACGGUGCAGAAGAUUUUGGAGGCAAAGAUCAUAGUUAUGUUUGCAAAUCUAAUACAUACGGAUGCUACUCAAAACUGACCGACGUGAUACAAAGCAAUAUCAUCUGGGCUGGGCUCGCCCUUGCUGGUCUACUGGCUUUAGAACUCAUUGAAGUUAUUUUGGCCAUCGUCAUAUUCAAGAGCAGUAAUAAAGUUUCUCCUUUCUAAUGACGACCUAAACCCCCAGCUGUCAAUGGAUUUUACAUUCGUUACAUACAAAUCUUGAGGGAUACAUGUCAUAAAACCUUCAAAAGAUUUUUUUUUAACGAUUUUGUUCAAUAAUAAUCCAUUUCGGUUGUCUGUUGUUUUGUCUUAAUUACUUCAAUUCCUUGUUCAGGUUGCUAGCUUUUCAUGGGUUAAAGGUGAGUGGACACGGAUCUUGAAAGCGACUCUAACGAUUUCCCUAGAAAUUUGACAAUAUAUGUAUGUUUUUGGGAAAAAGUCCUCUGGUUUGACCGUUACAAUUUGUUAAAAAAAAUAAUAAUCUGAUAAUUUAAUUUGGUCUGGAGGUCUAGACAUUCUAUAUCAUGAACACAUCCAUACGUCAGCGGGUAUUCCCGCAUCUAUUCAGAGCUAACUAAAUAAAUAGACAAUCAGGAUAAUGUUUCACACCGUCUUAUAAGUCAGGAUCUGUAGUCCAAAUUAGAAUCUUCUACCAUAUCUCUAGACCUAGUAUUCUAGUUUAGACUGCUGUCUUUUAAUGUUGCAAUGUCUACAUCUGUAUCACGAUACCAGAAUUUUAUGUACUUUGAGUAGAUUAUACAUGCGCAUAACCAGGGUUGUUUUCGGAGUGGGUUGGGUACCUUAAAAUGUCAUCAGCUUCAUAAAGGUGGAAUUCUUAUUAAAAAAGAUUUUUUUAAAUAAAUGUACUUGUUUCUCUGUAAUACUUUUUAUAUUUAAUUAAAAAAUAAAUAAACAUAAUUCUAAGUUAAGAAAGAUAUUUAAGGCAUGUUCGUUGAUUAUUAUUAGAUUAUAGUAAUAUUCGACUGUAUUGGAUCUUGGGAUAUCUAUUGAACAACUAUUUUUGUUUAUAUUAUGGUUGUUGUAAUUUACAUAUUUAUUUGUGUUACAACGUAAAUGUGAUUUAACUAGGUCUAUGCUGCUUCAGUAUGCAAGUUUUACUGCUGUCUCUAAAGGAUAUAAAAAAAAAACUAUGACAAUUAUAUGGUUCCAAACAUCUUCCAUAAAAUUGUAGAUAGUAUUAGCUCUUUUUGGUAUAUUUUGUUCUACUUGUUCUUUAAGUUAAAUAUGUAAAACGCGAGAUCUUAAGCGGCAACUCUGGAGGUUCCUUCUCUAAGGCUGCCUCUGCUUCUAGAAAGGUCUUACAUUUAAAAGUUCAUUGCUGUGAAAAUGUAGCCAAUUAAAAAUUAUACAAUAUACAUUCAUAAUUUACACCUUUAUUUGAUUGGUCUGUAUCAACUGUUUUUACGCAGUGGUGUAGCUAGAGAUGGGGGGGCCAGGGGGGGAUUGAUCUCAUUAGGGGGCCCCUGCUUUUUUGACACUCGACAUCAUGACAUGAGAUAAUGGCGUAAUAUUUAAUGUAAAAAACAAAUUUCGGACACUCAUAUUGUGGCCUCCCACAAGUGGGAACGAGAGGUGUUUUCAAAUUUGGACACACCCUACCCCCGACCUAGCUACACCACUGUUGUUUAGUUAUGUUGAAACAACAACUUUCUAACAAAUAUCUGUACAUUAUUAUUGAUUUGUUUUGAUUUCAUUGAUUUUUCUAAAGAUUUUAUUUCAUAGCAGAAAAUACAAACAAAAAUUAACACUUGUAGUAAGAUACAGUACAGCAGUAGAAAACUAAUCGUGACUUUGUAGACACAUCCACUUUGCCGUUUUGAAGAAGUUUUAGUUUAAGAAUUAGAUCUCUUGACCAAUGUGCUUUGUAGUUUGUAAGACGUUGGCAAAUUUUAUCUAGGUUAUGAUCAUAGCACUUUACAUUAAUCUCACAAUAUUUACCUUUUUUUUAAUAUAUUUCACAUAGUGACGAUCACGUGACUUCUGUUGACAUUUGAUGUUGCAAGUUACACGAACGCGGGGUGUCGGAUUGUUGAAAAUUUCGGAUUAUCAAAGAUUAGCUGUACUUAACCGACGAUUAUAAGAAAAAUUCUAUUUAUAGUGUAAUAAGAUAAGUCAGAUAGUUAGAAUUUCAAUGGUAGUAAAUAACUGACACAAAAUGUCUUUUUAUUAUUAAAAAAAUCGUAUCUUAUCUUAUAUAAUACAGACGUUACUUCAAAAAAGAAGAUGCAAUGCAAUGUAAAAUAUAUGACGAGCUUUCCUAAUCGACCACCGUAGGAAAAUGAUUAUGUCUGCGCUGGAUGUCGCAAAAUAUGUAGGUCGAGGUGAGACUACGUAGCCACGGGAAAUACUUCAUUCCUCAUUAAUUUUCGGACUCGAAGGCACUCCUUAUUUAUACUUUACUCAAUUGGGCUUUAAGCCUACCUACUUUCUAUAUAAAUAUUAUUCUACAGUAUACAUUAAUGACAUAAAUAACAUCGGUGCCGCUUUGGAUUAUUUUUAGGUUAUUAAAUGCUGAACUUUCAUCUACAGAUGACUGUAAUUACAUUGACCCUUUUUUUUUUAACUGCAAAAAGUAAAAAAAAAAUAAUAUUGUUUCUAACAAUUGAUCUUUGGUAUCCUAAUGGAAUCAAUUUUAUUGUCCAAUUAUUGCUCUGCAGUUGUUAUAUAUAGUGUAAAGGCUAAGUACAUUGUUGUGUGUAUUUUUAUAUACAUAUUUAUUAAUCUGUGAUAUUUCAUUUUUUGAUUAAAACAAUUUUUUUUUAAA